CAAGAAUGCAACUUUGGAGUGUGAAAGAGAAGGUUAACUUAGAACUUGUGCUUAAGCAUUUAUAGCCUCCGCGAAGAUACUACUCCGUAUAAAAUUCUCAAAGAUACUUUCCCCCCUUAUUACUCUCCCGAAUGGCCAAACCCAGCUUUGCAAUCAUCCAAGUUCUAACCUCCUCCAUUUUAUUUCUCCGGCAGCCUUCUUUGAGCUCAGUACCUAAUGUUUUUUCUGCAUUGAAAAUCUGCAAAUUUUGAUGGCUGCUCCGUCUUUCGCUUCCAAUUUUUCUCUAUCAGGUAGUAGCAGUGUAGUGUAAUACGGGAGAUGGAAGAAGAGCCGGGGCAGCUGAGAAGGGCUUUUGUUGAUGCCACGGCUGGGGCAAUCUCAGGUGCUAUAUCAAGGACGGUGACUUCUCCACUUGAUGUAAUUAAGAUUAGAUUUCAGGUUCAGUUAGAACCUACUGUUCAGUGGGCCUUGCUUCAGAAGCACCCAUAUCCAUCAUCUAAGUACACUGGGAUGCUGCAAGCAGCCAAGGAUAUCUUCAGAGAGGAAGGGUUGCGGGGAUUUUGGCGUGGUAAUGUUCCAGCCCUACUUAUGGUAAUGCCAUAUACUGCCAUACAAUUCACGGUGCUUCAUAAAUUGAAAACCUUUGCUUCUGGAUCUUCAAAUUCAGAAGACCAUAUUAAUUUGAGUCCAUAUCUAUCAUAUAUCAGUGGGGCGUUCGCAGGCUGUGCAGCUACUGUUGGAUCCUAUCCAUUUGAUCUGCUAAGAACCAUUUUAGCUUCACAAGGGGAACCAAAGGUUUACCCGAGCCUCAGAUCCGCGUUUGUUGAUAUCCUUGAAACUCGUGGUAUUCGAGGUCUAUAUUCUGGAUUGAGUCCUACCCUAGUGGAGAUCAUUCCCUAUGCUGGCCUGCAGUUUGGUACAUAUGAUACAUUCAAGCGCUGGACAAUGGCUUGGAACCGUAGAUCAUCAAAUACGAGCAACACUGAUGAUUCUCUUUCACGCUUCCAGCUUUUUCUAUGUGGAUUAGCAGCUGGGACAUGUGCAAAAGUUGUUUGUCAUCCCCUUGAUGUAGUGAAGAAGAGGUUUCAGAUUGAAGGACUAAAGAGGCAUCCAAGAUAUGGUGCUCAAGUCAAGCUUAAUGCCUACAGAAAUAUGUAUGAUGCUCUCAGUCGCAUUUUACUCCAGGAAGGAUGGGCAGGGCUUUAUAAAGGCAUUGUCCCAUCAGUUAUUAAAGCUGCGCCAGCAGGUGCAGUAACCUUUGCGGCUUAUGAAUUCACAUCAGAUUGGUUAGAAACGAUUUUAACAUGAACUCAACCCUGCUUUUUUCCUCUUUUACUCUCCCAUCUGCUGGGAUCAGUUUAUAGUUUUUAACUGUUUUUUCCCCUUCUCACCUCAGAGGGUGGGGUUGUUUAUAUUGCUCAACUUCACAGGUGUUUGAUACUUCAGUCAUAGGAAAAGAAAAGGAAAGGAAAGGUUAUACAUAAUAUGUUUUCCAGAGUUGUAGCUGGGUUUGGGCAAUAAUAAUUAAUACAAGAUGUUCAAUGGGUCAUCUGAUCGAGUCAUUUAUUGUUUUUAACACUCGGUAGCACCUUUCAGGUCUUCAAGCCUAUUAUCAAGAUUCCAACGAAUGACAAUUCCACCAACACUUGAGAUUAAUUACUAACUGAAAGCAAAAAACAUAAUGAAGGAGAGAUUACUGAUAACUCUCAUCCUAAUGUAUCCAAUGCCUGGCUUAAGUUCUAUUUUGUCUUGAUUCUCUAACAUUCUUCAGAAAAUCAGUCCAAUAGUUGAAAGAAGGAAAAAAAAGCCUUUCUUGAUGUUUCUCCCAUCAUGAAUUUCUUGAAGUUUCUGGAUCUUGUUUUUUCUUUCCAGAAUGAAACCCGUACUGGGAAGGCAGAAAGUCUGACUUAGGUCUGGUUCCCC